AUGGGCAGGUCCUGUCGAGGACUUGAGGCUCCCUUGGUGGCUCUGGCUGCUCUGAGCUCCAUGGCUCCUGGACAUCUAGCAUACCUUGCUUCUCUCCAUUGCUUACAUGGUUUCUUUAUAAAACCCAAAACAUUGAAUAACCGCAAAUUACCUUAUGUUGUGUCUUUGCUUUCAGGACCUGGCCAUGCCCUUAUAGAGCAGUGGAACCCUGUUGGCUUAGUAGGAAUUAUCACAGCCUUCAACUUCCCUGUAGCAGUUUAUGGGUGGAACAGCGCAAUUGCAAUGAUCUGUGGAAAUGCUUGCCUCUGGAAGGGUGCUCCCACAACAUCCCUCAUUAGUGUUGCUGUUACAAAAAUAAUUGCCAAAGUCUUGGAGGAUAACAAAGUGCCUGGAGCUAUCUGUUCUCUGGUUUGUGGUGGAGCAGACAUUGGGACAGCAAUGGCAAAGGAUGAGAGAAUGGACCUGUUGUCCUUCACUGGCAGCACGAAAGUGGGCAAGCAGGUAGCGCUUAUGGUUCAGGAGAGAUUUGGUCGAAGUCUGCUGGAACUGGGAGGAAACAAUGCCAUUAUUGUGUUUGAAGAUGCAGAUCUGAACCUGGUCAUCCCAUCUGCUCUGUUUGCUGCUGUGGGAACAGCGGGUCAGAGGUGCACAACUGCUAGAAGGCUGUUCCUCCAUGAAAGCAUCCAUGAAGAUGUGGUGACAAAGCUUGCUAAGGCCUAUGCCCAGGUCCGCAUUGGUGAUCCGUGGGAUUCUGACACUCUGUAUGGGCCUCUUCAUACCAAAGAAGCAGUGAAAAUGUUCCUUGAUGCAAUAGAACAAGCGAAACAACAGGGUGGCUCUGUGGUUUAUGGUGGAAAGGUUAUAAAUCGCUCUGGAAAUUAUGUUGAACCAACCAUUGUGACUGGCCUUCCUCAUAAUGCACCCAUUGUCCACACUGAGACAUUUGCCCCCAUACUGUAUGUGCUGAAAUUUAAGGAGGAAGAGGAAGUUUUUGCCUGGAAUAAUGAAGUAAAACAAGGUCUUUCCAGCAGUAUCUUUACCAGAGAUUUGGGAAGGAUUUUCCGCUGGCUUGGACCAAAAGGAUCUGACUGUGGCAUUGUGAAUGUCAACAUCCCAACCAGUGGAGCUGAGAUUGGAGGUGCUUUUGGUGGUGAAAAGCACACUGGUGGGGGAAGAGAAUCUGGAAGUGAUUCAUGGAAACUUUAUAUGAGACGAUCUACUUGUACAAUCAACUACAGCAAGGAUUUACCUUUGGCUCAAGGAAUCAAGUUUCAGUGACAGCCUGGUGAAUGGCCAUGCCAUGAAGUCACCUAGCAUUUCAGAACCAAGCACCUUCUAAGCCUCAUGAGGAAGAAAAUUAAUUAUGUGGAACUUACCUGCAGCAAAGAUACCAAUUCUGUCAAAAAAUCAGCUACUCUAAAAUUACUUCAGUUUCAAUAUAUAAAAUUACUGCUUUGGUCUUCGUAUGAAAAGUAUGUGGUCUUUGGGAAGAAGGGAGGGUUACAAAAACUAACAAACUUGGAUUCAGAUGGCCUGGAUAAUCUGUAGCCUUAUUACUACAUUUCAGUAUCAACACUAUCUCCUGCCUCCCCACUGUUCACUGAUAUUUCCAGCUAGUAGAUUUAUGCUUUGAAUUAUGCGCUUUGUGUAGAUAACUGGUGCUGUGGAGGGUGGGUGAUACAGGGCUAUUUUUAAAAAGUAAAUAAAGGUACAUUUUGUGAGA